CCCGCCCUUGGUCCCGCCCCCGCAGCCAUGUCGGCCGCUGCGCGCAGACGCCCGUUGGCCGGGGCCGAGGGGGGAGCCCCCGCGGGAGCCCCCGCGCCCGGCGAUGCGGAGCGGGGCAUGGCGGCGCCGGGGCUGUCGCUGUGCCUCAAGCUGCUGGCGGCGGCCUUCUACGGGCUCAGCUCCUUCCUCAUCGUCGUCGUCAACAAGAGCGUCCUCACCACCUACGGGUUCCCCUCCUCGCUGUGCGUGGGGCUGGGCCAGAUGCUGGCGACUGUUGCGGUGCUCUGGGCGGGCAAGGCGCUGCGGGUGGUCAAGUUCCCCGACCUCGACAGGCACGUUCCCCGGCGGACGUUUCCUCUACCUCUUCUGUACUUCGGGAACCAGAUCACAGGACUGUUCAGCACAAAGAAACUGAACCUGCCGAUGUUCACCGUCCUGCGGAGGUUUUCCAUCCUGUUUACAAUGUUUGCCGAAGGAUUCUUACUCAAGAAGAAGUUUUCCUGGAGUGUUCAGAUGACAGUAUUUGCCAUGAUCAUUGGGGCGUUCGUAGCUGCCAGUGCUGACUUGGCAUUCGACCUGGAAGGAUAUAUUUUUAUCCUUAUUAACGAUGCCUUAACAGCUGCAAACGGUGCCUACGUGAAACAGAAGCUGGAUUCCAAGGAGCUGGGAAAAUACGGUCUGCUCUAUUACAACGCGCUGUUUAUGAUCCUGCCCACCCUGACCAUCGCCUACUUCACCGGAGAUGCGCAGAAGGCGAUGGAGUACCCGGGCUGGGCGGACACGCUGUUCAUCGCACAGUUCAUGCUCUCAUGUGUCAUGGGGUUUAUUUUGAUGUACUCCACGGUUCUUUGCACUCAGUAUAAUUCUGCUCUUACAACUACAAUAGUUGGUUGCAUUAAGAAUAUUUUAAUAACCUAUAUUGGGAUGUUUUUUGGAGGAGACUAUAUUUUUACAUGGACGAACUUCAUUGGUCUGAAUAUCAGUAUUGCUGGAAGCCUGGUGUAUUCCUACAUCACCUUCACGGAGGAGCAGAUAAGCAAGCAGUCUGAAGCCGGCCUCAAGAUGGAUAUUAAAGGAAAGAGCUCGGUGUGACCAGGGAAGUGGUUUUAUUUUUUGGAAACGCCAAAUCACGGCUGGAAUGCGGGAAGGAAUCGGGGCGCCUGCCACGGAGUGACGGCGACGCUCUUAAUUUGCACAAUCUAGAUUGCUGCCUUUACGAAUCAUCGGGAAGAUAGCUGGCUGCGUAGCAAGGAGUAUGUCUAAUUAAGUCUGAUUGUGAGGAAUUAAUGGGUUUCUAAUCACGCUGCGAUCUGGCAGCGGAGACUGGCACAAGUGACGUGCAUGUUGGAGCGGUGCGGGACAGCGUGAGCCCCUGGGCCGGGCCACCGGUGUCCUCGGCUGUGUCUCCUCGGGGUUCACCGCCUGGAUGGAUGUGGGGACAAAUGCUGGGGACGGAUCUGCCCCCCCAGGGCAGGGACCUGUCCCCAAGGCGCAGGGACCCCCUGUCCCUGUUGCAGCGGGGUCAGCACUGGUGUUGCCACCAUGUUGAAUGCUCAGAGCUCUCUGAAGCACAUCUGUUGCCUUUUUUGGUUUGGUUUUGUUGUAUUAACCCACUUUUCAUGCUGGGUUUGCCCUCCAAGAGCCCUGCAAACAUCCCCCUCUGCCCGAGGUCCCUGUUACUCAGGGACAUUCCCACCGGGCAGGUUUCCCCCACCACUUGUGAGCUUGGCAGCCCCCUGGUCUAAAUCCCACGGAUUUUGGAAAACUGGGACGCUUUGUAUCCAGUGUGUCCCGUGCCCAGCCCCGUCCCGCAGCCCCUUGUUUGAUGUCCCCACUCAUCUCUGGUCUGUGACCCGUUAGAAAAACAAAUGGGAUUUUUAUUAUGUCAGCCAGUGUUAACUGAUUUUUUUUUAAUAUUGUUUUUUAGCACUUCUUUCUAGGUCUCUCCUUGGAUUUUCUUUUGGUUUUAAGAACAAUUGUUUAUAACUUUGAUUGAAAAAAAAAUGAUUGGUAAAACUCUAUUUAUGAGGGUUUUUAAUAUACUUUCCUUUGGUAACCAGGCAAAGGGCUUCCAGAGGCUGGUUUGUUUCUGGAAAAUAUUUGCUAAAAAAUGUAACUAACUGCUGUUUGGCGAAGCAGCAUUGAUGGGAAUGCUUAACGUGGAUAUUUUUUAUAGGCGAUGAGGAAUCCUGUGAGUGCUGCAAAAAUCCCAUCCCUGGGAUUCGUUCUGGCCAGAGCUGGGAUAAAAUUCCCCCUUUUUAAAUUUUCUUUAUUGCUUCCUCAGUUUCAGUAAAACUGGGGAUUUGCAACCAGCUGCUUAUUUUUUGUAGGGAAAGAUGUGAACUAUUAAUUAAGCCCCAGAGCUGCUCGCGCAUGGGUUACUGGUCCUGCACUGGUUCCCAGUAGCCGGGCGGUACUGGGGCCACCGGUCCCAGCCUCCCCAGUCCCAGCAUGUGCGCUCACUGGUUUUUACCGGACCAAAGCCCCUCCAGCCCCUGCGUUGUCUCACUUAAUAUUCGCACAUCACUUUCUUGCCACGUUAUUUGCCUGUAACUUGGCUGCACUGAGGCGUUUCUAGUCAGGAUGUUGAUUCUGUUGCAUUUUUAUUUUUUUAAUUUUUGAAUCUACUGGUUAGAUUUAUUGUCCGAAGGGUAAAAUAUUUGUAAAGCUUAUUUUAAGCGGGCACACUUGGGUGCCGGGGUCUGGACGGUAUUGUAGACACUGGGAAAGCCACCAGAGUUCCUACAACAGUAUUUUCUAUGCUAUUAAUCAACUAAAAAGUUUUCUAUAUAGAAUCUAUUUACAAAAAAAAAGACCAUUUUAGUGAUUUAAAAGGUAACUUUUUUAUUUGAAUGUAUGGUAAGGCUUUAUAUGUCAGUGAUGAUAGCAAAAAAAUAAAAAGAAAGAUUUUUAUGUGCCUAUGUAUUUUUGUACCGGCUUCAAAUAAACCGAUGUCCUUCCCUC